GCCCAUGAAGAGAACCUGCCUCAGGGAGCCCCCCCUCUUUCCAGGAGGAUGACAGUCAUGUGGUGCAGAGAUGGACCCAACCUGCAGCUGGCAGGCACCUAAAUCAGUCAAUCCUCAGCCAACCCACAGACUCAUGAGUGAGAGACAAAUGCUUCUUCUACCUGCAAGCCAGGGCAAGUUUGAGGUAGCUUGUUACACAGCAUGAUAGCAAUAGCUGCCUGAGACACCUGCACACUUGUUCAAAUUCCGUGUUUUCUCCAACCUAAGCAUCACCCCUUGUGGGAAACCAGGCCAUCCAAGGGCAUGGAUCCUGUGUCUCAGGAAUGCUGGGAUGCAUAAAAGUGGAGAAGAGCUCUGCCGUGUUAACAGUGGUUAUCUCCAGAUUGUAGGAUUUUUUAUUUUCUUCUUUAUACUUUUGUGUAUUUUCCAAAGUUUCUGUGAUUAACACGUUUUUUUAUAACCAGAAAGAAAUACUGUAUUAAAAAAUUAGAAACCAACUCUUCUUGGCACCUCACCAAUCCUCACCCUUGGUGUCCCCAAGAACAAGAGGAAUUGUCAAAUCCUUCACCCACGUAACUGUCUUCAAGUCUCUGGAGAAAGCAGUGAAACAACACCUGAAUUUGUAUCUCAACAAGUUUUCCAGCUCAAGGUUGCAGGAGGAGAGUGCUGACACCCAGCAGAGGAAACUCAAAGUCUGAGUCGAGCCUGCACUCUGCAUGGAGAGUGAAACAUCUUUCAACCUAAUAUCAGAAAAAUGUGACAUUCUAUCCAUUCUUCGGGACCAUCCUGAAAACAGGAUUUACCGGAGGAAAAUCGAGGAACUCAGCAAAAGGUUCACCGCCAUCCGCAAGACCAAAGGGGAUGGGAACUGCUUCUACAGGGCCUUGGGCUAUUCCUACCUGGAGUCCCUGCUGGGGAAGAGCAGGGAGAUCUUCAAGUUCAAAGAACGCGUACUGCAGAGCCCAAAUGACCUUCUGGCUGCUGGCUUUGAGGAGCACAAGUUCAGAAACUUCUUCAAUGCUUUUUACAGUGUGGUGGAACUGGUAGAGAAGGACGGCUCAGUGUCCAGCCUGCUGAAGGUGUUCAACGACCAGAGUGCCUCGGACCACAUCGUGCAGUUCCUGCGCCUGCUCACGUCGGCCUUCAUCAGGAACCGAGCAGACUUCUUCCGGCACUUCAUUGAUGAGGAGAUGGACAUCAAAGACUUCUGCACUCAUGAAGUAGAGCCCAUGGCCACGGAGUGUGACCACAUCCAGAUCACGGCGUUGUCGCAGGCCCUGAGCAUUGCCCUGCAAGUGGAGUACGUGGACGAGAUGGAUACCGCCCUGAACCACCACGUGUUCCCUGAGGCCGCCACCCCUUCCGUUUACCUGCUCUAUAAAACAUCCCACUACAACAUCCUUUAUGCAGCCGAUAAACAUUGAUUAAUUUUAGGCCAUGCAGUGGAACCUGUCACCUAAUGGGACUGCAUUCUGAAUGGAA